AUGAAACCAGUCACGUUUGGAGCGCUUUUAGAGAUGCAUGUUAAAGAAGUCAAUAAGAACCAUAUUUUAGCAGCCUUAGGCCCUGAGUGGUCACUACUUUCGAAUUACCAGUUCUCGGAUCUAGGAAAGAUUUGGGUCAUAUAUAGAGAUCCUACAAGAGUGAAAGUUCUAUUUAUGGAUCUUCAGUUGAUUACGUGUGAGGUUACUUUGGAGGAUGGCAUUAAUUUUAUCUACACGGCAGAGACUGGUCUAUUCGAUCUCCCUUUCAAUGGCUCUAAAUUUACUUGGACGAACAACAGGCCUUCAGAUCCCAUUGCGAAAAAGUUGGAUCGUUGUUUAGUUAAUGGUACUUGGCAAGUGCGCUUCCCCGCGAGCCACUGCUCUUUUGAAUCUCCAGCUUUCUCAGAUCACUCGCCUUGCCACAUCAGGUUAGUGAUAGAGCCUCCAACCUAUGGUACUCGGCCUUUUAAAUUCUACAAUCUUUUAGUCAAGCAUCAAAAAUAUUUGCUUCAAGCUGAAAAAGCUGAAAAGGCCAUGAAAUCACUAUUCAAGGAAAAUUUCAGUGAUAUCGAAUUGAGACUCUCGGAUGCGUCCUCUGUUCUUUCCUCCCUUCAGAUUUUAUCUUUGAAUGACCCUUCUCCCGCAAAUCUCCUGAAAGAGUCUCAAGCUCGUGAUCACUGGCUUAUGUUGAGGACUUCCGAGGAAAGUUUCUUUAAGCAAAGAUCAAAAAUACAGUGGAUGUGUGAGGGAGACCUAAAUACCCAUUUUUAUCACUGUGUCACCACUGCGAGGAACACUAGCAACCCAAUAAAGAACUUCCUCAAGUCUGACGGCACCAGAACUUCUUCGUUGCAAAAAGCUCAUGAGUUAGCUGUGGAAUAUUACUCUUCCAUUCUGACCACAAUUAGAGGAGACUUCUGCCCAGAAUUGCCGGAAUACUUGGAAUCACUUAACAUUCUCUCCAAGGGGUUCUGUCGGUUCUCUCGACUUUUGAGAAGAUGCUUAGACAACAACGCCCAGGAAAAGAUAACAUCUAUGUUCAACCUGAAGGCUUCGUCAUUACCAAUCAGGUACCUUGGUCUACCCUUAUGUUCGAAAAAGCUGAGUGUAGCUGAUUGUGAUCCUCUUUUAAACCAAAUAAAGCAGAAAAUGAGCUCGUGGACCAAUAGAUUUCUCAGUAUGGCGGGUGGGCUCACUCUGCUUUCCUCGUUAUCUCUGGACUUGUGGUGCCUUCUUUCUGCCCAAGAAACCUUUCAAGCUCCUUUCUACGGCAUGGUAAAGCGGGUAUCUCGACAAGGGGCUAAGGUCGCCUGGGCUGACAUUUCUUACCCUAAACCGGAAGGGGGUUUGGGUUUGAGGCACAUUGACACCUGGAAUGAUGCUUGCGCAUUAAAACUGAUUUAUAUGCUGUUUUUUCGAGCGGGUUCUAUCUGGGUUGCUUGGAUCAAGAGCAGGUACUCAAGUUACGUUCUAAAGCCCUCAGUUUUCUCAGCAUCAAGAUUGGUAAUGGCGAUUCCACGUUUUUCUGGUGAGAUCCGUGGACCCCUUUUGGUUCUCUCUACUCAUACUUGGGUUCAGAAGGCCCUACACGGUUGGGAAUCCCCCUCUUUGCAACGGUCUCAGAGAUUUGGUCGGGUGAGGGUUGGACCAUUUCUUCGGCUAGAUCAGAGCGACAAGUUAUGCUCCAUUCCUAUAUGUCAGGGCAUCUUUGCUCUCAAACUACCGAUCAGCCGUGCUUCUCCUCCAAAGUGGAACGCAUUUCGCCAAAAAAAGCUGGAACAGACUUGGCCGCCUCUUGUUAGGCAUAAAGCCGAGAUCCCUCGGCAUCAGACAGCUACGUGGCUGUUUAUUCUCAAUCGAAACCCAACUCUUGACCGCUCGUUGAAGUGGGGUUACGACACAGAGGGUAUUUGUCUCCUUUGCGGCUUAGACUACAAGACACGAGAUCACUUGUUCUUCGAGUGCUCUUACUUGGCGGAAGUUUGGAGAAAGCUCACGCUGAAGCUUAACAUCACAUCAGAUGAAUCGUCCAAACUUGCUCUACUACAAGGCUGGCAAAGCACUAUUUUCGAACUAUGGCGUGAAAGAAACCGUAGAUUUCACGAAGGAAUCACUUUCAAUCAAGAAAAGGUGCUGAAGUUUAUACUCACUACAGUAAAGAAUAAAUGUCGAGGUCUUAUUCACAUGAGUUCAAGUAAAGCCGCCGCUCAGUCCAUUUUCCCGAUGACUGAGGCUCCGCCUCCACCACCUCCGCCAAUUCCCCAGAUCCUAAUCCGCGGGCAGCUUCACCCCCUGGAUCUACUUAUGCCUCUCUCCUCUCCUCCUCCGGCAGCAGAGUCUUCGUCUCCGCCGGUCGCUCCUAAAUCCGCAAGCGCCUCCGAACCAGUAAAGAACCCUGUGGGUGCUGAUUCGGGUUUUGAUUGGGCUAUAACCCUAAACUCCUCUGGCAAAAUUCCUGAAUCCUCUGCUCCAGUAUCCAUAGCAGAAUCGGGCCGUCCCAGAGUAAAAGUCCCAAAUGCUGUAUUCGAGAGAGGAGUGAAGCUCCACAGCGAUUACAUUGUUGAUAUUUUCUACGGGAAACCCCCUUCUUACGGGAAGAUCUGGGGUGUCUUGAAUUUCCUCUGGGGAAAGGAUAAGCGAGUAACGGUGCAUAACCUAACAAAAAACGCUUUCCUCUUCCACAUUCCUUCUCCUGCUCUGAGGAAACGGGUGUUGCAGCACGAACUGUGGCGGGUCAGUGACUCACCUUUCUUCGUCACUGAACGGAGGUCGGAAGUUAGUUUGAACCCACCUUUGCUUAAAAGAGCCCCAGCCUGGGCAACUAUUCAAGGGAUCCUCUUCGACCUCAUCACUCCAGAAGGUUUGAGCAUCAUAUGCCGCCCCCUUGGAAAAGCAGUGGAUCCUCUUCGACCUCAUCACUCCAGAACCUGGCUCUCUGCUAGAUCAGUCACGUUUGGAGCGCUUUUAGAGAUGCAUGUUAAAGAAGUCAAUAAGAACCAUAUUUUAGCAGCCUUAGGCCCUGAGUGGUCACUACUUUCGAAUUACCAGUUCUCGGAUCUAGGAAAGAUUUGGGUCAUAUAUAGAGAUCCUACAAGAGUGAAAGUUCUAUUUAUGGAUCUUCAGUCGAUUACGUGUGAGUUUAAGUUUCUUUUGGCUUGGUCUGAGGCUGGAGAGACAGCUGCCACGCUUAAAGAUUUUUGCUUCAAGCUGAAAAAGCUGAAAAGGCCAAUGAAAUCACUAUUCAAGGAAAUUUUCAGUGAUAUCGAAUUGAGAGUCUCAGAUGCAUCCUCUGUUCUUUCCUUCCUUGAGGUUUUAUCUUUGAAUGACCUUUCUACCGCAAAUCUCCUUAAAAAGAGACUUCUGCCCAGAAUUGCCGGAAUACUUGGAAUCACUUAUAAUCUUUUGAUCUUUCUGGAUGGUACAGAAUAUUCUCUCCAAGGGGUUCUGUCGGUUCUCUCGACUUUUGAGAAGAUGUCAGGCCUCGGGAUAAACAUUCAAAAGACAUUUAUGUUUUGCUCAGGCUUAGACAACAACGCCCAGGAAAGGAUAACAUCUCUGUUCAACCUGAAGGUUUCAUCAUUGCCAAUCAGGUACCUUGGUCUACCCUUAUGUUCGAUAAAUCUGAGUGAAGCUGAUUGUGAUCCUCUUUUAGCCCAAAUAAAGCAGAAACUGAGCUCGUGGACCAAUAGAUUUCUCAGUAUGGCGGGUAGGCUCACUCUGCUUUCCUCGGUUAUCUCGGGAAUUGUGGGUUUUUUGACCAGUACCUUCUUUCUGCCCAAGAAAGCUUUAAAUGAAAAAAUAAUCCCUACUCAUGGAUGUUUCGGAAGGUACUCAAGUUACGUUCUAAAGCCCUCAGUUUUCUCAGCUUCAAGAUUGGUAAUGGCGAUUCCACAUUUUUCUGGUGGGAUCCGUGGACCCCUUUUGGUUCUCUCUACUCAUACUUGGGUUCAGAAGGCCCUACAUGGUUGGGAAUCCCCCUCUUUACAACGGUCUCAGAGAUUUGAUCGGGUGAGGGUUGGACCAUUCCUUCGGCUAGAUCAGAGUGACAAGUUAUGCUCCAUUCCUAUAUGUCAGGGAUUCUUUGCUCUCAAACUACUGAUCAGCCGUGCUUCUCCUCCAAAGCAAUGUGGAACGCAAUUCGCCGAAAAAGCCGGAACAGACUUAGCCACCUCUUGUUUGGCAUAA